AUGGCUGCUAGCGGUGGCUGCAAGGGCAAAUCUAUUUGCUCAAAGCAUGUCACUAUGCUUAUGACCAUAAUUAUGAGCUUUGGAGUCAUCUCCUGUUGUCUCGGCCAUGGCGGGGGGGAUCAUGAUGGCCAUCUCGGGGCGAAGGGGGGAAGCUGCAUAGAGAGCGAUAGGAGAGCUCUCCUAGCUAUCAAAUCCGAUAUGUACGACUCCGGCGAAAGAUUCUCUUCUUGGAUCGGUGAAGGUUGCUGUAGCUGGAGAGGAGUGGCCUGCGAUGACAACACCAGCCAUGUCAUCAAGCUCGACCUCCACUAUCUCGACACUCACAAUUUCUACACAUAUGAUUUGGAUGACGAGGACGAUAUGUGCUUCAUGUUAGAAGGGAUGGGUGCGAGCAAGGUAAAUCCUGCUUUGCGUGAUCUGAAGCAUUUGAAAUAUCUGGAUUUGAGCAUGAAUAAUUUCUCUGGCUCCCACAUUCCGCACAUGAUUGCUUCACUUAUGCACUUGGAAUAUCUCAACCUAUCCAAUGCCAUGUUUGGUGGACUAAUACCUCCUCAACUAGGGAACCUCUCCAACCUACACUUCCUCGAUCUUGGAGGAUGUGGAUUUAAUGAUCUACGAGCUGAUGACCUUGAUUGGCUCUCCCAAAUUCCUUCUCUAAAACAUGUUGAUAUGAGUUAUGUCAACCUCUCUAAAGCAACUAAUUGGCUUCACCAAGUUAAUUGGAUCCCCGGUCUUAAAGUAUUGCGCUUGGAGUGGGCAAGGCUCCCGUAUAUUCCAUCUCCUCCGCCCCCAUUUAAUUUGACUUCAAUCGUAAAGCUGGAUCUCUCUGGUUAUUCCAACUUGAACACAACGAUUCUAAGAUGGCUCUCUCAGGCUAGCAGCCUUGCAUAUCUUGAUCUUUCUUCUUGUAGUGGUAUCGAUAUUGAGUCAAUACAAGUCACUCUGGGAGCUCUGAGUAAUUUGAAAGAAUUAUAUUUGCAAUACAAUGGUAUCAAAGGAAAUUUUUUUGGAAUGAUAAUGAAUGUGAGCAGGAGCCUGAAGUAUUUGGAUUUAAGUGGGAAUUCAUUGAGCGGAGAUAUUGGACAAAUCUCGAGGAGCCUUGGCUCCUUGGAGUACCUUGCAUUAGAUGAUAACAAGUUCAAUGGAGAUAUUCUAGAAAUUGUGAAAAAUGCUCCAAGCAGUUUACAAUAUUUAAGUUUGAGAUUCAAUCACAUUACUGGAGAAAUUCCACAAAAUGUAAAGAAUCUCACCAAUUUGGAAUACUUGGAUCUCUCGUAUACCAAUAUUACCGGAGAUAUACUAAUGGCUUUUUGUGAUCUCUUCAACUUGAAAAGUUUGAUAUUAGGAGGAAAUAAUAUUUCAAAACAAAUACCAAAAAUUAUUGAAAAUCUCACCAAUUUAGAAUAUUUGGAUCUCUCGUAUAAUAAUAUUAUUGGAGCUAUACCAAUGGCUAUUGGUGAUCUCAUCAACUUGGAGAGCUUGAUAUUAUGGGGAAAUAAGAUUUCAGGACAAAUACCAGAAGCUAUUGGGAAUCUCCGAAAUAUACAAUGGUUAGAUUUAUCUGAUAAUUUUUUUAGUGGACAGAUACCAGAGACUUUCAACAGACUCUACAACUUACAAAGCUUGGAUGUAUCAUAUAAUCACUUGACAAAGUUAGUAUUUGGGACUCUAAAUAAACUAUGCAAUUUGAGUUCUAUAGAUUUGUCCUUUAACCCUAUUGGUGGAGAGCUAACAGAUUUGAUCGAUGCUUUACCAGAUUGUAACCAGGGAGCCGGUUUAGAUAUAUUUAUUAGGGCUAAUAAUUUGAGUGGGAUUGUCCCCUCAAAUAUUGGUCAAUUAUCUGCAUUAUAUGGAUUGGACAUCUCCUCAAAUUUGCUCGAAGGCAACAUCACCGAAGCACACUUUUCCAAACUCACCAAUUUAAUCAAUUUGGACAUAUCUAACAACUCCUUGGAUGUGAUCCUAUCCAAUGAUUGGCUUCCACCUUUUAAUGCCUACAGUAUUAUUAUGAGCUCAUGUCAUAUGAGAACUAAAUUUCCUGUUUGGAUUCAAACACAAACAAAUUUGAAAUAUCUUUCUUUAUCUGAAGUUGGACUCUCCGGUAACCUUCCAACUUGGUUUUCAGAUUUCUCAAAAGGUUUGUGGCAUCUUAACUUGAGUUCUAAUAACUUGAAUGGCCCACUACCCUCUGUUGCCAAUGUCAUCAUUGAUCUCUCCAAUAACUCAUUUGUUGGACCCAUUCCAUUAAGUUUUGCAAAUGCCUCGUACGUUCAAAUUUUAUCUUUAUCUCAUAACAAUAUCAAUGGCAGUUUUUCUCCCUUAUCCUGCAAUCUAAAUUAUCUGAAAAUCCUGGACCUAUCAGACAAUAAUUUAUCUGGAGAAAUCCCAACAUGUCAUAAAUCAUUCCCAACUUCUCUACAGUCCUUGCAUCUGAACCACAACAACCUAUCUGGAAGAUUUCCUUCCUUCUUGAAACAUUGUGAACAAUUGGUUACCCUUGAUCUCGCUGAAAAUAAUUUGUUUGAUGAAAUACCAACAUGGGUGGGAGAAAACCUUUUAUCCUUGAGAGUUCUUAGUUUGAAGUCAAACCUAUUUUAUGGUCCCAUUCCAGUGCACAUAGCAAAUCUCACUUCUCUUCAGGUUUUGGAUCUUUCUUCCAACCAUCUUUCUGGUAGCAUUCCUUCGUCUCUAGGAAAUUGUAGUGCUAUGGUUGAGAUACAACAUGACAUUACAUCAUUGCUUAAUCUUUUUAAUGUUAGCGGUUCCUAUAGCGAGAGCAUAGUAAUAACAGCCAAAGGAUAUGACAUCCAAUACACCACAAUUCUCUCACUUGUAACAAGCAUAGACCUAUCAAACAAUAAUCUUUCCGGCGAGAUCCCAAGAGAGCUAACAAGCCUCCAUGGAUUGCUUUUCUUGAACUUAUCCAAGAAUCAUUUGAGAGGAACCAUUCCAGAAAAGAUUGGUUCCAUGGAACAACUGGAAUCACUUGACUUAUCGAUGAACAAUCUCACCGGAGAUAUUCCUUCCAGCUUAUCAUCUCUCACCUUCCUAAGCCACUUGAAUCUCUCUCACAACAACUUGUCAGGAAGAAUUCCAACAGCCGGUGGUCAAAUGUCGACCUUUCUUGGCGACCCGUCGGUCUAUGAUGGUAAUGAAUACCUUUGUGGUACGCCACUGCCAGAGUGCCCUGGUGAUGCAGACCAUCAAAGUCCACCUCAUGAACACGAAGAGAAAAACGGUGACAGGCUUGAAACAGUGUGGGAAAUUACCAGCAUCGUCAUGGGUUUUGUGGUUGGUUUUUGGAGUUUUGUUGGAACAAUGAUCAUGAAACAGAGCAUAAGGUUUGCGUUCUUUCGAUUUUUCGACAAGGCUUACGAUUGGUGCUACGUGCAGUUGGCAGUCGGAUGUGCAAGGUUAAAGUCCAAACAACAAAGUGUGACUUGA